CUUGCCUUCACUUAUUUUCUGUCGAUCAUGCUCCGCACAGUAAAACCCAAAAAUGCACGAUCCAAACGUGUCUUGGAUGCCCGUAUGCCCAAGGAAGUGGAAGAUGUACGGACAGCAAUAUUUGUAAAGGGAACGCAUACUGGCGAGGUGCUUAAUGGUGUAAUGAAGGACCUGAUGGCUCUCAAACGACCGGCAGCAGUCUCUUUCUCUAAGAAGAACGACAUCCAUCCUUUCGACAGCGCCUCAUCUUCAACCUCAACGUCAUCUCUUGAGUUUUGGGCAAACAAAAACGAUGCUUCCCUGUUCUUGGUUGGCCAGAGCAACAAGAAAAGGCCGAACGGUUUGAUCUUUGUACGCAUGUACGAUGGUCGAGUACUGGAUAUGCUCGAGGUUGGAGUGGAGGAAUUCACAGGAAUGGCGGAUUUUAAGACUCCAAAAUCAACGCCGGGGCAUAAGCCAUUAAUGCAUUUUGCCUCUGAGCUUUUUGAUACUCAUCCACGCUUUAUGCAACUCAAGUCUAUGUUAAUGUCGUUCUUCAAUGGGGAAGAGGUCGACGAAAUAUGUCUUCCAGGUAUCGAGCACGUCAUCAGCAUCUCUCUUGCGCCAACACCUCCUUCUCUUAAUACCACAUCGGAUACUCCUACUUCCUUACCAAAAGUCCAUUUACGGACCUACACCAUCAGACUACUUUCAUCAGGUACACGGAUACCGCGGGUAGAGCUCACGCCGAUGGGCCCGUCAUUGGACAUGGUUCUGCGGAGGCACGAAGCGGCGGACGCAGAGAUGUUGAAGCAGGCUUUGAGGAGGCCGAAGUUGAAAAAGAAGGAAGUCGAACAGGGACUGGGCAAGAAGCGCAAGAACAUGGAGGUCGAUGAAAUGGGCGACUUGCGUGGACGGGUCCAUGUUGGCACCCAGGACUUGAGCAAGCUGCAGACGCGGAAGAUGAAAGGACUGAAGGACGAUGAGGAGCGGCCUGGUAAGCGGAGUAAAACGUCGUCGUGAUGUAUUUCCUUCUAGAUAGCUGGAUCUGAGUUGUUAUAAUGGAAACAUCUGUGCAGCUGAUCUGUCACUUUCUAGGAAGUUCCAAAUGCUCUGGCCCAAAGCUAUCGGGCAGCAACUCGCCAAGACUCGUCUCUCGCACGCCGCCUUCAGUCAUACCAGACUUUCCUUGGUCCCUCUUGUCGUCUGGUGAUUUUGGAUAAUCUCCAGGUACGAGGAGCACAGGCAUGUCGAGGGCGC